CAACUGAUCAAUAUCAUGGUGCCAACAAUUGGUUAUUGGAAUAUAAUUUUGGUUGAACCGAUUGUGUUAACAUUGAAACAAACUAAUCAACCUUAUCAAUUAAAGAAAUACAAAGUUGGUGAUGCUCCUAAUUACGAUAAAUCAGAUUGGCUCAACGAGAAGGACAAUUUAGGUCUUGAAUAUCCUAAUUUACCUUAUUACAUUGAUGGAGAGAUCAAAUUAACUCAGACUUUGGCGAUUCUCCGAUACUUGGGUCGUAAAUAUGAUUUAGGACCGAAAGGAGAAGAGGAAACAAUUCGUUCUGAUGUAAUCGAACAGGGUGUCAUGGAGAUUAUGUUGAAAUUGAUUAGUGCUUGGUACGUUGCUUCCGAUGAGAUUUACAUGGAAAAUUUACCUAAAUGCUUCGAUUACUUGGGACAAAAGCUUGAACACACUUCGAAAGUUCUUGGAUCUAAUCAGUUUCUUCUUGGAGAUCGAAUCACUUACAUCGACUUUCUUUUGUAUUCGACAUUGGAUUACAUAAGAAUGUUCAGUUUUCCUCUGUUUGAGCCGUACCAGAAUCUAAAUGAUUAUCUCCUCAGAAUCGAAACUCUUCCAAACAUUGAGCCUUAUUUCAAAGACGAAAAUUUCGAUCGAUGGACAAUCAGCUCCCCAAGAGCCAAAUUCGGUAAUAAAAAACCGUAGAUCAAGAACACCAACAUCGCUGGUGCCAUAUUGUUUAUGUUCACACGUCCAGAGUGUUAAUAAAUCUAAUAAAUAGUCAAGAUUAAAAUUAAGAAUUAUGAAUCCAACGAACUAAAUGUUUAACCGGAGGUUUACUUAGUUCAAAUAUCGACGAUCACUUCAUCUCGUUUAACUCAACUGAACAUCCUAUCAUCCAUUGCGUUUCUUCAUGAGAUACAAACAUUAACGAUCCUCCUGAAAAUCAAUAAUUUAGCUUCAUUGUUGUACAUUUAUUAGUAUUUCGUUUGAUUUUGAGGAAAUUCAAACAAAGAAAAAUAAUGAUAAAUUGUUCAUAUUAAUGUUAAUAUUAACAGAUAUACUAAUGUAUUAAUAAUAAUAUUAUUAUUGAUAAUAUUAAUAUUAAUAGAAAAAUUCGUAAUUAUAAUCAGACUGAUUAACUGUUACCUGAUU